CGCCGAGGUGGUCCCGCGCGAAACGAAACUGAGCGUCCGUCUCUCGCGUGGGUUACUAUUCCCGAAGUUCCCGACCGGCGAUUCCCUAACACGCCUGGAACCACGAGUGCCGGCGCUCCGGGUGUGCUACUCAUACCGCAGACAUUCCGCACCGCACUUACGAAAGUACGAAGGACUUGAUCACGUGCGAUAGUUAUUCGAUCGAAAGAAUCACCGAAGUCCAGUACGUGGAAGCAAACGAAUAUCGAACAGUUCGGGAAAACGACGUCGUUUAAGGGUUGUUAUUUAUCCUUGAAUAACGAUCUAUAGUGAAUCCAAGACGCUACCCCCGGGCGGGAAUUCGGCAGCAACAGAUAUGUCGCGACCAGAACCGAUAUUCAUCUACAAUCUGUGCGUUUGAACAACACGUGUUGCACGAGAAGGAGCGAUCCUGAAGAAAAUUCACAGCCUAUGGCAUGGCCCCGAGUGAAAUUAUCCGCGCAAUUCUCCUUGCUGCGUUUCUUCACACCGCGUUCGGUCAAUUGAUGCCGAUGGUGGAGAUCCAGCCAGAAUUUUUGGCACCCCUAGAAAAUCACACCGUGACGCAAGGUCGUGACGUUUCUUUCACCUGUGUCGUUAACCAUCUUCAAUCGUACAAGGUAGCUUGGAUAAAGUCAGAUUCUAGAGCGAUACUGGCAAUCCAUACGCACAUGGUCGCGCAUAAUCCACGACUCUCGGUAACGCAUAAUGGACACAAUACAUGGAAAUUACACGUGGCUAACGUGCAACGUAACGAUUCUGGAACGUACAUGUGCCAGGUUAAUACCGACCCUAUGCGAAGCCAGAUGGGUUAUAUGGAGGUCGUGAUCCCUCCCGAUAUAAUGGACCUGGACGAUUCAACGGAAGGACUGACAACGAAGGAGGGCGGCAGCGUGCGUCUCCGAUGCCGAGCUACCGGAACCCCGAUGCCUGAUGUCACCUGGCGUCGAGAGGACGGGCGUAAUAUCGUCUUGCGUAACGAGCACGGCGUUAGACGGGUGGUCAAAACUUCAGACGGCGAACAGCUUUACCUCGUUGGCGUAUUGCGCCAGGAGAUGGGGUCGUACCUUUGCAUCGCUUCUAACGGGGUACCACCUUCGGUUAGCAAACGAUAUUCGGUACGCGUCCACUUCCAGCCCUUGAUUAAAGUCGCAAAUCAGCUCGUGGCCGCCCCAGCGAACAGCGAUGUCGUCAUUCAGUGCUACGCCGAAGCCUCCCCAAGGGCCCUCAACUCUUGGUAUAAGGACACAGGUGAAAAACUCCUCGCCGGUGACAAGUACGAUAUGUCAGAAGUUCCAAUAAGCGAAUACGCUUACCAGCUUAAUAUGACGAUUAGGAGGCUUGAGAAAUCAGACUUUGGAAGUUACUCGUGCUCCUCAGAAAACGCCUUCGGCAAAGCGGAGGGGGCUGUACGGUUGCAAGAGCUUCAUCUCACAAAGACAACUCUUCCCUCCAUACGACACAACGAUCUGAGCAGCAAGUCGCGCAAGAAAUCCCCCAAGGAAAGAAUGAACAAAAAGCUUUUUCACGGAACAGAGUCCGACGAAAGAGAUGAUUCUCCGCUGCCUGGAAUAAGAAGCGAAGAGAGUAUGCCGCUCACAACGGCAUCUUCUGUAAAAUCAGCACGCGACGGUGACAUUCGUGGAGUACCCAGACCUCCGGUUGGUCCGGGUCCACCACCAGCCCCGGCACCGGCACCGGCACAUUCGCCGCCGACAGAGUUGGUCCUCCUAAAUCAUGGCGUCGCAUCACCUCGUCGUUGUCAAUUUGAAACUCUGACGAUAACCGUAAUCGCCGUAACGCUGAUAUCCCGCGUCUGCUAGAUAUCGACCGAUAUAUCCGAUUAUUACUUGCGUACAUCGUAAAAUUUUGCGGGACGGAAGUAGGAAACAUGUUACACGUUACACUCGAAGACGGCCGACUACUGCGUAACGUCCUGUGGACGAUAACGUCGUCGUGAUAAAUUAUGCGGUAGAAAUGGCAAGAGCUAUAAUUAUAGUUUGGAAUAUGCGAAAAUUGCUGUGCUGUGAAUUACAAUACGUAUGUAUCCGAGACAAACAGUAUUAAAUAUUUGUUGACGAGGAUGCGCUAUUUUUCUUGAGUUAUUAUUUAUUUGUAACAUUUAUACUUGUGUUUUGUUUUUUUUUUUUUUUUUUUUUUUUAAUUUUUUUUAUUCAUGUGCGACUAAAAUUGAAUGAGGAGCGAAUACCUGAUAUGAAAACCCUUAUUGAAUGACAAUAAAGCUUUAAUCAUUCUGCGCAUUGAUACUACAUUCGGUGGAAAGCCCGGAUCUGAUUGAAUUUCGAAUAAACUCUAUGAUAAAUGUGGAUUUACGGUAAUAUGUACAUAUAUUAAGGUGGUCCUUGGCAGAAGUGUUUUCGAAAUUUGAUGCUCCCAGGGCCUGAAACGCUUCCAAAUCCUCUAAAAAUCUAAACUCCUAAUAUCAAUUCUAAGAUAGUUCGCAUCGCCACCGAAAUUUCUUAUGUAGAUUACACGGGAAAAAAUUGUUUUUUCUUCGUUAUAAGUCGUUGACGAAUAUAUAGAAAAUUAUAAAAAUAAAUAUUUUUGUAGAUAAUUCGCCGCUCUACAAAGAAAGUUUCUUAUGGUUUCCGCUGAAUCCAUUGGUUCGAAAGUUGCAUUCGAAGUAAAAGUUCAAUUUGUAUGAAAUUAUCAUUAGAAUAACCUUUGAGACAGUCGAUUGAACGAAAAAUCAUCAGAGACCUCUUUGGUAGAACGUUAAAUUCUCUAUGAAAAUAUAUAUUUCUACAGUUUUCAAUAUAUUCGUCAGAGACUUAUAAAUUUCAAAGAACAAAACAUAUUUUUCCAUGAGAAACUUCGGUGGCAAUGCGAACUAUCUUAGAGUUGAUAUUGAAAGCUGAGAUUUUCAGGGAAUUUUUUCAAAUUUAUUUGGAAGCAUUUAAGCCCCUGGGAGUGUCAAAAUCCGCAAACAACCCUGUUAAGGACCACCCUAACGUACAUGUGUAAUGAAAAUAUAUAUAUACAUGUACAAUGGAGGAUAAUAUAAAGGACUCAUUAUAUUACUACGAGAGAAUUAUCUGAUUGAUUAGCAUGUAUUAUUAUAAGAGAUCUGUAAAAUAUAGAUAUAUUGAAUCAAAUAUUGUACAAAUUCCAGAAUUCAGGUAACGUGGUAAUUGAUAUGUAUAAAAAGUAUAGUAAUAGAGCAGGUUUGAGGAACUGGCCAUCAUAAUAUGCAUAAGCUUUCUUCCCAAGAGACGGCGACAAUUGUUACGAUGAUAAUCGACCUAGCGACGUUGAUUCAUUCGAAUAUUUGUGAGGAACUUUACCUCUUUUCAGAGAUCUUCGCCUGUUUGUUCGGAAAAUUUGUGUAUACCGCGUGACAGCGACGUAUCAAUAUUAUAUUCUUAUGAUCGUUAAGUGCCAAGUUUGUAAUUAAGCUAUUAUUCUAUUCAGAUGAAUGCUAUUUAUUAUCAUUUCUCGAAUAUUUUCCCAUCAACUCCAUGUUUCACAAUUGAGGCAAUCUUAUAAUCCAACGUUUCAUUUAAUCCCAAUAAACGACUUCCAUCAUUUUCGUAUUCACUUGUUACGUUUCACAGUGGUAAAUUAAUGGAAAAUAAUUGAUACUAAUUACUGUUUCAGAUCGAAAUGGUAUUUGAAAACCCCUUGUAUUUGUUCGAUACUUAAUUACGAUAUCCUGUUUUAUACGAAAUGAAGAUUCAGCUUGUGAAUAACGAAGCGUGGUAUAAACUGUAAUACACACACCAAUAUAUUUCUAUGUUACACACAUAUAUAUAUAUGUAUACAAUACAUGUCACUAUGAUACGAUAUGGAUAUAAUGUAUUUCGAACAAAAUCGACGACGUUCUAAACUAAAAAAUCAGCGAUGUUUGAAUCUUCGUUAAAUAUUUGAGGGUAUAAAAUGGUAUAAAACAAAAAAUAACAGAAUACCAAACGUUGGAUUUUCAAUGCGUGCUGCGUUUUACUCUUAAUCUAAUGAAGAGACGUUGGUAUUCAAAUAUCUAUGCUUUCACUUGGGGCAUGAAGUAAAAAUUUACGCAGGAAGACCGUUUGAAAUCAAAUCAUGAAUUAAAGGGUGUGAGAAAAUAGAGAACAGGUAUACAUAUAAGCAGAAUAAUUGUUCUGUACUCUUAUCAUAACCAUGUAUGUAAAAAAAUCGUGACAAUAAAACAUUUCUUACUGUAUAAUACUCAUACCACAUCGUUAAAAUAGCGUUGAAAUGAUACAAAAAAUAUUAAUUGUUCAUCAAACACAAAACUCGCUGAAAUCAUUCUACGCGUGUAACAACGACAGAAUUUUAAGCUUUACGAACAAUUUACCGUUCAACGUUUUAAGUGUAACGAAGAACAAAAAACGAUACAUCUAUUACGUUAUAUGUGUGUACAUGAAAUAAUUUUCUUUUACAGCUCAGAGAGUCGUAAUGGCUCUAUAAAUUGCACCCCACGAUCGAUCUCUGCAUUUCCACUGAAAUGACAAUAUAACGAGCGAUUCUCCUUCGUGUUAGUUAACUACCAAUAGAUUCAUCUGCAAACUAUUGAAAUUAAGCAAUAUUCAAUCCAAAAAUUGGGUUGAUGAUAAUUAAUCGGCCUCUCGUUUAAGGUCAUGGAGAUAAUUAUAACAAGAAUAUGUGAAAAUUACUUCCGGUAAGCAGAGAUUUACACAAUAACGUUACGUAAAGAUAUUUAAUAUAGUUAUAAAAAAAUGGAAGGUUCUGCUCAUUUAUCGAAUGAUAGGAUGCGAUAAUUUGGUUGUAAUCAGGUCUAAACGGAAACGACAUACUAAUGCAGAAUAUCUACUUUUCCGGUUCCAACGGACGGAGAUGUAACACGCAGUUCAUUAGAGAAUUGUGAGCGGUUGUGACAGCAUCUCCACCCUAAUUUUAGCACAACUCGCUCGGAUUGAGAGAAUUUUUCACUCGAAUAUUUGGCGACGAUGUCACGUUUUUU